UUCCUUUUUUUGUAAUUUUGAGCAUUCAUUAAACAAAUGGUUGUAAUCUGAGGACUACCUGAAUUUCAGGCCUUUGCAGAAAAUGCAGUCUAGAGUUACAACAGUUCAUUUAGUGACCAUUCAAAGUUACAACACCCCGGAAAAAAAGCGACUUGUGAGUGUUUUUCUACAUUUAUGACCGUUGCAGCAUCCCUGUGGUCACCUGAUCAAAAUUCAGAGGCUUGGCAACUGACUCAUACUUACGACCAUUGCAGUGUCCUGGGGUCACUAAUCCCCUUUUGCGACCUUCUGACAAGCAAAGUCGAUGGGGGAAGCCAGAUCCACUUAACGACGGUGUUACUAACUUAACAACUGCAGUGAUUCACUUAACAACCGUGUCAAGAAAGGCUGUAAAAUGGAGGGGGGAAAUUCACUUAACGACUGUCUCACUUAGCAACAUAAAUUUUGUGUUGCUCCAUUGUGGUUGUAAAUCGAGGACCACCUGUGCGGUGGAAGAAGCCUUCAUAGAUGGGGAACUGUUCAGUUUUGUUUGUGUGUUGUGUCUUAGCAUUUCAACCCUCCUGGUUGCAGAGGAAGUCCAGUAAAGGGAAGGAGAAGAAGCAGAAACGAUUGGAGGAACGGGCAGCCAUGGAUGCUGUCUGUGCCAAGGUUGAUGCAGCAAAUAAACUGGGAGACCCCUUGGAAGCUUUUCCCGUGUUCAAGAAAUACGAUAGAAAUGGACUGAACGUUUCCAUCGAGUGCAAACGCGUCUCCAGUUUGGAUCCGGCUAUUCUUGACUGGGCAUUUGAGCUGACGAAAACAAACAUGCAGACUUUGUAUGAGCAGAGCGAGUGGGGAUGGAAAGACCGGGAAAAACGGGAAGAAAUGACUGACGACCGGGCUUGGUACUUAAUCGCUUUGGAAAACGGCUCCCUGCCUGUGGCGUUCUCGCAUUUCCGCUUCGACGUCGAAUAUGGGGAGGAGGUUCUCUAUUGCUACGAAAUACAGCUGGAAAACAAAGCAAGGAGGAAAGGCCUCGGCAAGUUUCUCAUCCAGAUCCUGCAGCUUGUGGCAAAUAGCACACAGAUGAAGAAAGUCAUGUUAACGGUCUUCAAACAUAACCACGGAGCCAACCAGUUCUUCAGAGAAGCUUUACAAUUUGAAAUAGACGAUACCUCACCGAGCAUGUCUGGCUGCUGUGGGGAAGACUGCUCCUACGAAAUCCUCAGCCGGAGAACCAAAUUUGGCGAGAGCCAACAGGCUCACUUGGGCACUCAGUGUGGGGGCUGCUGCCAUUGAGGUGCUCCUUCCGAAAUAACCCCGUCGCCCUCCACGUAAGCGUGCCUUCCUCGUGGCUUCUCUUGACCUCUCAUCCCCCCACAGCCUCUCCAAUUCUUGCAGCGUUCUCAAAAGUCAAGAAGGACACAACUCCUGGGGUUACAUGCUGGAUCCCGGGAUCAGAGAUCCCCGGUCCUUUAAAUCAAAAGCCGAGAUUUUAGGCCUGAUCUUGCUUACCUGCAGCCUUGAACUGAAGGUGGGAAUCUGCGGUGCGGGGUGGGGUUUUUUUCCCCCUCCCUCUCUUUUUCUUUUUUCCAUGGAAAAUUGAUGACGGGGUUCCUGCCUAAAGGCAUUGACAAGAAUUAGUGAGCCUUUCUCUGUGGAUGAAGGAUAGACUUUGGGGUUUGGCAGAUCAAGGCGAUUUGAGAUGUUUUUUUUUUUUUUCUGUAUUCCUUCUGUGCCCGUUUCCCCACUUUCGUGUUUGAAUAAUUUGCAACACCGGGUUUUAUCGUUUCGCCGGAGAACUACAGCAGGUUUUGAAAAAAACGAACAUACUUCCUCUAAAUCAAAUCGUUGGGAAGAUCUUCACCGGAUGUGCGCGUGUGUUUUGAAGCAACUCUUUGUUGUCUGGGCUUAUAGGAGGAAAGAGGGAUCCACACAGAUUUUUAGAACUGGAUCCUAUGUAUAACACGGUUGCAACUGGUUAUAUUUCCCUCCUUGUGCGUUGAGGGGACAAUAAUCCGCCCGAACGGAUUACUCCACACGCAGCCUGCUCUCGGUCAGCUCCCAACUAGAUCUUCAGCCUAACUAAAAUGGCAUGAUUUUUUCUCAGCCAGCUGUGCUAGAAACAACUCGGAGCGGUUUUGUUGUCUGAAAGUUCCCAGUAGGAGCAGUUGUGCAAGAGCAAAUAAUUCCAGUUCGCUAGGACUGUGUCCUUAUUGUUUAGGAAGUCCUCUAGUUCGUUGGUUUUGGAACUAAAAACUGUCAGCAGACAUGGCCCCAUUAUGAUACAUUGGUUUAAUCAACAUCUUGAUUUUCCUUUUAGACUUUUGCAUUGAUGGAUUUCUCUCCCCUUCCCUCCCCCCCCCAAAAGGGGAGAAAGGUGAUUGAGCAUGUUGAGUGUGGCAUGCAAAAUAUUUUACAUUUUGAAUCUGAAAUAAUAUACUUUUGUAUAUCUAGUGGAUGUUUCCUCAUUUUAUUUUGCCCUUUUUUUUUUGGGUAGUUUUGUUUCACAGAACCAAUUUCAAGUUACCUGCUUCUUAUUAAACCGGUAACUUUUUGCUGGAAUCAAAGGGGAACAACCUGAUUUAUUUUUAAAUGAAAAGGUUAACUGGAGUGGUGGUGGUAGGUGCAGUUUGUCUGUUUUUUAAAAAAUAAACAUUCUGUUUGAUCUCCAGUGGGUUGUAAAUGAUGUGUUCUCAAGUAUAGCUUCCCUUGUGAUGUAUUUCGGGGUUCUUUUUUAAGAGUAAAAUUGGGUGCUCUGCUUUUGCUAAACAUUCAAGAGAAUAUCUUUUGUGUUGAACAGUUGGAGAAGUUUCUCUCUCUUUUGAAUACUUUUCUACGGACCACUUUAAAAAAGUCACAAUUCCAAAUGAAGAACUACCAAUUCUCUUCUUCGGUUCAAGAGUUUUCAUUUCUUCUUGUUCUUAUUGGAUGCCGACUGUCAUCCUCCCAAGGCCUGUUAUAAAAAUGGGUAUUUGAGUUUGCAAAUGAGAUGCAAGCCAAAAAAAUAAAAAUAAAAAUGGAAGCGAUCCCUUUG